AUGAAGAAGAGUUUAUUAGAAAGUGAAAGUGACGGACAAGAAAAGCUCUAUAGCCUGGGUAAACAGAAGACUUCUACAGUUUCAAACAAGCUUAAAUUGGAAUGUCUCAAGUUAAUCGCCUCGCCACGCUUCACCGACAAACGUGUGGGCUAUCUCGGUGCUAUGUUGCUUCUAGAUGAACGAACAGAUGUACAUUUGCUGGUUACGAAUUCUCUGAAA